AGCGAACUGAAUGUCUCAGUUGGAGGAGCUCGCUUGGGUUUCAGUUGCGAACUGGAACUCGAGCGCGCAGCACACAUCGGUCGCAAUAAGUACCAAGAAUGGAGAAGAAUUUUCAGCCUCAGGCUCCUGCUUUCCCGGGCCCGCCCAGUUAUGAUAACACCUCGCAGGCUUAUGGCCAGAUGAAUCAGCCACAAAUGAUACAGGUCCCACCCAAUGUACUGGGCGGCGUACCAUCCAUGGCCACCUGUCCGAGCUGCGGUGUCCGCCGGGAGACGAAGGUGGAAUUCGAGCCCAGCACCAAGACCCAUCUGCUGGCCCUCCUCAUCUGCAUGCUGGGGGGCAUUUGCUGCUGCUGCAUUCCCUACUGCACCGACUCCUGCCAGUCGGCCAAACACACCUGCACCAGCUGCGGAGCCUACGUGGGCACCUACAAGAACUAGGAGUGCUAUUCGAACGCUAGUUACCACAGGGAUGGAUCCCACUUUGUACUUGCACCACUUAUAAAUGGUCUAUGGGAUCCUAUUUUGCACGGACACUUAGAAAUACACAACUCGUAUUCAGCUUAAUUGAACAUAAUUUUUACAUUGGCUUACUUUUUAAAAUAAAUAAAUAAAAAUGCUAUAUGAAUGUGAGAAUCGAAAAGCGUCUGAUACCAUGUGAAAUAAAAUAAAAAUAAACUUUGA